AUGUCUGGAUUCAAGACUGUUGGAUAUUUCGUGAAUUGGGCGAUCUAUGGCCGCAAUUACAACCCCCAAGAUCUGCCGGCCGACAAAUUGACUCAUAUACUUUACGCAUUCGCCAAUGUUCGUCCGGAAACCGGCGAAGUCUAUCUCUCCGACACCUGGUCUGAUAUUGAGAAGCAUUACCCCACCGAUUCCUGGAACGACACAGGAAACAACGUCUACGGUUGCGUGAAGCAACUGGGCUUGCUCAAGCGGCAGAACAGGAAGCUCAAGGUUCUGCUUUCCAUCGGAGGUUGGACCUAUUCCCCCAAUUUCACUCAGGGCGCCGGUACCCCUGAGAGACGGGCUAGAUUUGCCGAGACGGCUACUCGACUUAUCAUUGACCUUGGAUUUGACGGCAUUGAUAUCGAUUGGGAAUAUCCCCAGGAUGACCAGCAGGCACAGAACUAUGUUGAUCUCCUUCGAAGAUGCCGUGAGACCUUGAACAACAGACAAGGCGACCGCAGGUUUCAGCUGACUGUUGCUGUUCCGGCUGGCCCGGAGAACUAUCGAAAGCUCCGUUUGAAUGAGAUGACACCAUACCUCGACUUUUACAACCUCAUGGCUUAUGAUUACGCCGGUAGUUGGGACAGCAAUGCUGGUCACCAAGCCAAUCUUUAUCCCUCCAACGACAACCCGCAGUCCACUGCCUUCAACACCGCCCAGGCCAUCAACCACUACACCCAAGUGGGAGGAGUACCGGCUUCAAAGAUAAUCCUGGGCAUGCCGAUUUACGGACGUGCCUUCCAGAACACCGAUGGGCCCGGACGGCCAUACAACGGCGUGGGCGAGGGAAGCUGGGAGCAGGGAGUAUGGGAUUACAAAGCGCUUCCCCGGGCGGGAGCUACCGAGUACCUGGACCGCAACAUCGGUGCAUCUUGGUCUUAUGACCCGUCCUCUCGCACUAUGAUCUCGUACGACACGCCAGCCCUGGCCGAGAUCAAGGCCAACUACAUCCGAGACCGCCAGCUCGGUGGUGCAAUGUGGUGGGAGACCAGUGCUGACAAGGGCGGCAAGUCCGCGAAUAGGGCUGACGGAAGCCUGAUUGGCACCUUUGUUGACCGUGUUGGAGGCGUUGGCGCCUUGGACCAGAGUCAGAAUGCCAUCGCAUACCCUGACAGCCAGUACAACAAUCUGCAGGCCGGGUUUCCUUGA